UUUAAAUGCUCAGUUGCCGAGCGGACCCUGAGUAAAGCGCAACGGCAGCCUUAGAUUCUCGGGCUGGAAAUCAGUGGCAGUAACAGUCGUCCCGUUCCCGCGAUUCGGUGUGCCUUUUUUCAAUUACUCCGCAUCUGUAAAAGCAGAGCAGCAGAUACGGUUGCCGCAACAAGUGAUGUGACAUUGGGCUAUGUGAAGCGAGAAAUAAAUAGAAAUCUAAACUAAUUCCGCAAAAUACAAAAAAAAAAAACAUAUACGAAUCGAAAGUUUAAGGGCUGGCGGCUGAUACGACUCCCGUUACGCAUUCGCCCCGUUGUCCAGCUGGGAUUUUAUACAAUUGACGUCCUCGUUUAUUUUCACUGGGAUUUCGAGCAGCUUGCCAAUUGUGUUUUGUGUAUUAAAUAGUUUCGCAUAUAUAGGCGAAUAUAUCCGGAAGGGAAUUGAUUGUGGCCAGCGGCGUGAGACCACAGCAAGAUGUCAUUCGAUAUAGCCGUGGCCGAUCAGAUGCGCAUUGCACUGAACUACGUCAAGUUCAAGACGAACCAGCAGCGGCUGCGCAGCAAUGACAAGGUCAUCGCCGACACGGUCUACGGAAAGGUGAAGGGGGUGAAGUGGCAGUCCAUCUACGGCAACAACUACUACAGCUUCGAGGGCAUCCCGUUCGCUAAGCCGCCGGUGGGCGAGCUCCGCUUCAAGGCGCCCGUGGAGCCCGAGCACUGGUCAGAGGUCAAGCGGUGCACCCAUGUUCGCGCCAAGCCCUGCCAGGUCAACAUCGUUCUGAAGCAGGUGCAAGGCAGCGAGGACUGCCUGUACCUCAAUGUCUACACCAGGGAGUUACAUCCACACAGACCUCUGCCGGUUCUGGUUUGGAUCUAUGGCGGUGGAUUCCAGAUGGGAGAAGCCUCGCGUGAUCUGUACAGCCCGGACUACAUAAUGAUGGAACAUGUCGUCCUGGUCGUAAUAUCAUAUCGGCUAGGAGCCCUGGGAUUCCUUAGUCUGGCAGACGAGGAACUGGAUGUUCCUGGAAACGCAGGACUAAAGGAUCAGGUCAUGGCCUUGCGAUGGGUCAAACGGAAUUGUCAGUUCUUUGGUGGCGAUCCCGAUAAUAUAACCAUUUUCGGUGAGAGUGCUGGAGGUGCAUCCACACAUUAUAUGAUGCUGACGGAUCAGGCCAAGGGACUAUUCCACAAGACUGUUAUCAUGUCGGGAUCCGCACUGGCGCCCUGGGCUCAGACCCCAACCCACAUAAAUUGGCCCUAUCGCCUGGCACAGGCCACUGGCUACACAGGAGAAGCCAAAGAUCGCGACAUAUUUGCCCAUCUCAAGAAGUGCAAGGCCAGUAGCAUGCUGAAGGUGGCCGAGGAUAUCAUCACCAUGGAGGAGCGGCACCAGCGGUUGACCAUGUUCAGCUUUGGACCCACCAUCGAGCCCUAUUUGACGCCUCACUGUGUGAUUCCCAAGUCGCCACUGGAGAUGAUGCGGGACUGUUGGGGCAACAGCAUUCCCAUGGUCAUCGGAGGAAACUCCUUCGAAGGUCUCCUCAUGUUUCCCGAGGUGAACAAGUGGCCGGAGCUGCUUUGCCAGCUGGGUGACUGCGAGAACCUGGCGCCCCAAGAUGCCCACGUCGAUGAGCAGCAAAGAAAAGCCUUUGGAAAGAAAGUACGAGAGUUAUAUUUCGGCGAUAGGACUCCUGGCAGGAAGACCAUAUUGGAGUACAGCGAUCUCUUCUCGUACAAAUAUUUCUGGCACGGCAUUCAUAGGACUUUGCUCUCGCGUGCACACCACGCCCCAUUGGCACCAACAUUCCUGUACCGCUUCGAUUUCGAUUCGAAGCACUUUAAUAUCAUGCGAAUUAUCACCUGUGGCCGCAAGGUGCGCGGCACCUGUCACGCGGAUGAUCUGUCGUAUUUGUUCUACAAUGCGGCUGCCAAGAAGCUGAAACGCCGCACAGCCGAGUUCAAGACCAUAAAGCGUUUGGUGUCCAUGAUCGUUCACUUCGCCAUUUCCGGGGAUCCCAACAUCCCAAUGGUCUGCCAGGAUGAGAAGGAACAGCCGCGAGGCGCGUGGCUGCCCAUUUCGAAGGACGAUAAGGUGUUCCAGUGCCUGAAUAUAUCGCACGAUGUGCAUGUGAUUGAUUUGCCCGAAGCCGAGAAGCUGAGACUUUGGGACAGCAUCUACGACAGGGAACUCCUCUACUGAAAGCCCACCCAUCGCCCUUCCCCGACCCUCCCCAUCGCAUCCAUUUACCAUAUCCAUAGCAAUAUAGCAUAAGGCUUAGAUAUAUGUAGAUCCUUAACUGGCCCUGGGGUGGCCUUAAACGCACAUCAAAUGUACACAUGUAAAUAGCGAUUUUUAAAUGCUUGGCAGUAAGGGCAAUUACAAAAAUCUAUACACAAACAUGAGUGGGUAAAUAUUUUGUUUGCUUGAAAGUUGGCCAUCUAAAUUUAAAGGCCAAACGGAAUAAUUUUUGCAUUACGGCACAAAAUGUGAUGGGAGUUCGCGUUGGGUAAGCAAAAAAAAGUGAUACCUAUAUUUUAGAAAUUAAACUUAAUUUUAAGGUACUUUUCUGUCUAGUUUGUUAUUUUAUCAUAAAACAAAAGCUAAUAGAUUGUUUAUUAAAAAAUCUGUUAAAAUGUUCAAUAAAAAUUUUCCAUCAA